AUGUGGGUCAUUCUGAACAUCUCCAUCUAUCUGUCUUUUAAUUUCUUUAUGACAGCUUCAGUACUCGGAUCAAAAACCUGUCAGCUCCAGGGACACUUCAGGUUGAAUGAAAUGUAUCAUGAUGGCGAUGUUAUACUUGGUGGCCUGUUUGAGGUUGACUUCCUCACAGUGUUCCCAGAUCUGGACUUCAAAAAAGAGCCAGAAUCACCAUACUGUGAGCAAUUUGACAUGGAAAGCUUCCAGCAGGCACAAACCAUGGCUUUUGCAAUUGAUGAAAUCAAUAAAAAUCCAAACCUUCUGCCAAACAUCACUCUUGGUUACCAUCUAUAUGACAACUGUGUCAUGCUAGGAAUGGCAUUUCGGGCUGCCAUAUCCAUGGCUAGUGGAACAGAAGAGUUCUUCUAUAACAUCAACUGCACUGGCCCACCCCCAGUGAUUGGAAUCGUAGGGGAUUCAAGUUCAACUGUCUCCAUUGCAAUUUCAAGUAUUCUAGGGUUGUUUCGAGUACCUAUAGUUAGUCACUAUGCCACCUGCUCCUGUUUGAGUGACAGAAAAAAGUACCCCUCUUUCUUCAGAACUAUUCCCAGUGAUGCCUUCCAGGUCCGAGCAAUGGUUCAGAUCUUAAAAUAUUUUAGAUGGACUUGGGUUGGUCUCAUUUACAGUGAUGAUGACUAUGGAGUUCAUGCGGCUCAGUCCUUCCAGCAAGAAAUGCAGCUGUUCGGAGGUUGUGUUGCUUUUUCUGAAAUUUUACCCCAUGAUAACAACCUCGAAGAUAUUAAGCACAUAACCAAAAUGAUUGAGGCCUCUACAGCUAGAGUGAUAGUUGUUUUUUCCACUCCUUCCUUUCUGAUACCUUUGAUUGAUGAGUUGGUGUUGCAGAACAUGACAGACAGGCAGUGGAUUGCAAGUGAAGCUUGGGCUACCUCUUUUGUACAUCACAGUCCACGUUUACUGCCCUUUCUGAAGGGCACACUUGGCAUUGCUAUUAGGCGUGGAGAGAUUGAGGGACUUCAUGAAUUUCUGCUACGUCUCCAACCUAGAAAUGACGCAAGAAAUAAUAUGAUCAGGAUAUUCUGGGAGAUCAUGUUUGGGUGCAAUUUUGAAACUGGGGGUAAAAAGAAUGGUGGAGAUCAAGUCAUAAAUAUAUGUACAGGACAAGAGGAUCUGAGCGCCACAAACACACCAUACACAGAGGUUUCAGAGCUACGGGCAUCUUACAAUGUCUAUAAGGCAGUUUAUGCCCUGGCACAUGCACUUAAUGACUUGAUGCAGUGUGAGGAGGGGAGAGGACCAUUCAGUGUUAACAGCUGUGCUGACAUAACAAAUCUAAAACCCUGGCAGCUGGUUCACUACCUGCAGAAUGUCAACUUUACCACAGACUUUGGGGAUCAUGUGUCAUUUGACAAGAAUGGAGAUGCUUUGGCCAUCUAUGAUGUCCUGAACUGGCAGCCGAGCUCUGAUGGCUCAAUAAGGGUCCAAACAGUUGGUGUAGUAAAUGAAGAGGUUGCAACAGGGAUGGUGCUUACACUGGAUGAGGAUGCAUUAUAUUGGAACUUUGAGUCAAAAAAACCCCCAAUUUCUGUGUGCAGUGAGAGCUGUCCUCCAGGCACUAGGCUUGCCACGAUUAAGGGCUUGCCGGUUUGCUGUUUUGACUGCCUCCCAUGUGGAGAUGGUGAGAUUUCUAAUAUAACAGGUGCAGUUGAAUGCACAGUGUGUCCAGAUGAGUUUUGGUCCAAUUUAUAUAAGGACCAAUGCGUUCCUAAAGAAGUAGAGUUUCUGUCCUAUGAAGAUCCUCUGGGCAUCUCUCUGACCACUGCUUCCCUCCUUGGCACCUGCUUCUGUGUUCUUGUGAUGUUUGUGUUUGCUGUUCAUCGUAAUACCCCUAUAGUACGAGCCAACAAUUCAGAGCUCAGUUUUCUGCUGCUUUUGUCACUGAAAAUGUGUUUCCUGUGUGCGCUGCUGUUUAUAGGCCAGCCCCAGUUAUGGACGUGUCAGUUAAGACAUGCUGUGUUUGGCAUAAGCUUUGUCCUGUGCAUCUCCAGCAUUCUGGUCAAGACUAUGGUGGUAAUAGCUGUGUUCAAGUCAUCUCGACCAGAGAGCAAAGGUGCUGUGAAAUGGUUUGGAGCAGUUCAACAAAGAUGCACGGUUCUGGUAUUGACAGCAAUACAGGUUGUGAUAUGUGCAGUCUGGCUAUCAACUGCCUCACCAGCACCCCAUAAAAACAACCAAUAUAUCCGCUCUAAAAUAGUAUAUGAAUGUGCCAUUGGCUCAGUGGCUGGUUUUUCCAUGUUAUUAGCAUACAUUGGACUUUUGGCAGCAGUAAGCUUUCUUUUAGCCUUCCUGGCAAGAAAUCUUCCAGAUAAUUUUAAUGAAGCAAAGUUCAUCACUUUUAGCAUGCUGAUUUUCUGUGCUGUAUGGAUUGCAUUUGUCCCAGCAUAUGUGAGCUCUCCCGGAAAAUAUGCAGUGGCUGUAGAAAUAUUUGCCAUUUUAGCGUCCAGUUUUGGAUUACUGCUGGCCAUAUUUGCCCCAAAGUGCUACAUCAUCCUUUUACACCCAGAGAGAAACACAAAAAAGGCAAUUAUGGGAAAAGAAGCACAAAAUAAAUAG